AUGGGAACAAAGGCUGUAUGGAAGCAGAAGAGGGUAUCUCCUUCGUCUCAAGCCUCUUCACGAUCCGUUUCAGAAGCCACGUCCAGUCGGUCAACUAUCGAGGACGAACAAGCAACCACCACCGAGAACUCGGUUCGAGACGACGCUUCAACUACUCACUCUGAUGCUGAGCAGAGUGAAGCCGACGACAGCGAAGCGGGGCGCAAAGCUGAGGCUCAAAGCGGCGAUCAGAAUUCUCAGAGAUCAGCCGUCGACACAGCAAAAGCACGAACAAAGCUUCAUCAUGUCGCCAAAACACUUCGGGCAACCGCUAAGAAGACCAAAGCGUUCGAAGUACAGAAACUCGUCAAGAAGCUCAAAGGGCUUCAGAAAAAGCCUUCGUUGGCAGAUCAGGCUGAACUUGUGCAAAACGAGCUGACAGCGCUCAAGUCAAUCGAUAUCAACCUGCUUGCCAGUCGUGCACUGAUCACUAAGAUGGUCAAAGCUAGGCUCUUGCCUCGAUCAGCCGAGUUGGCGAGCGCGGACCAAGAGGAAUACGUGUAUCUACAAAUGGUGAGAGAGGAAGAGUUGCUUGGAGAAGGUGUUCUUUUCGAGCGUGCUUCGAGAGAAGCAGACAGAGCAGCCGAGAGGGUAAAAGCAAAAAUCACUUCGUCUAAGAUGUUGGCUGAUCAAGUAGGCAAGUUUGUUGAAGACUUGAAGAAACUCGCAGGCAUCGAAUCUAGCGUCAAGAAAGAAGCUGAGGUGGAUGGUAAGGGCAAAGCCAAGGCGAAGCUAGAGGAUGACCAAGAGGACGAGGAGCAACGAGAAUGGUCCGGAUCCGAAGACGAAUCCGAUUUGGAAGAUGACGCGCCUCGUCGAUGGCCACUCUUCGAUAAUAAUCACGAGGACCAGGAAGAGCAAGCAGAUGAGGAGGAACUUAUGAGGAUAGGACGAGAAAAGAUGAAGGCGCUCGGAGAUCUGUCACAGUGGGACGACAUGAUUGGAUCUGAAUCUGGCGAUGAGUCUGGGCUUGUAGACGAUCCAGGACUGCCAAACCGCAAGCGCAAGGCGGGAGCGGAGUCAGAUGUAUCUAGUGAUGAUGCGUCAAGCGACGAAGAGGAAACUGACGACUCUGCAUCAGAGAGUGACGAUCAGCAAGACUCCGGCUCGGAUUCAGAAUCGGAAUCCGAUGCAUCUUCCAGCGCCGAGCCUCGCCGCAAACGAAAAGCCACAUCAUCAGCCUCAAAGCCUUCAAAGAAAACCAAAUCCUCUUCUUCAACAUUCCUCCCUUCCCUUUCCACAGGCUUUAUCGCUGGUCGAUCUGACGAUGAGUGGUCGGACGCAGAAGCAGACCUUGCCGAUCGCGAUCUAUCCGAGCUUCGAUCCGGGACCAAAAAAGAACGCAAGAAUCGUAUGGGCCAACGCGCACGCAAAGCGCUCUACGAGAAGAAAUACGGUUCCAACGCCAAUCACAUCAAGAUGCGCGAGAAAAAGAAAGUAGCCAAGCUGGAAUGUGUCGCACCGACGAGUAGUGGAGCAAGACAGAGACCACCAGCUUUCCAGGCUCCAGCCAAGAGCGACGGUGGUUGGGGUGGCGCUGUGGCGCCAUUGCCGAAGCAGCCCAAGCGUCCAUUUGUGCCGAGGCCGGAACGAUCAGCUUUCCCGGUCGAGAGCAGGAAUAGUGCAAGAGAGACGAAACCAGCACCAGCACCGGCGGCCAAGUCGCAAGAAAUGCACCCAUCGUGGAUCGCAAAACAGAAGCAGAAGGAACUUAUGGCCCAGGUCAAGCCUCAAGGCAAGAAGGUCGUCUUUGAUUGA